AUCAUGUAGUAACUAAUGCGUUUCCUGGUAAAUUACAUUUUUCCUCGUACUGCACGAGUCUUACAGACUCCUCCCCUGGCUGUGAAACACCAGCUCCUGUACUCCGCCUACUGCGGCCACCACUCCUUUCCACCAGCUGUGUAUAUAAGGUUGGAUCCUGGCCUUCAUAUCCCAAACUUCACUCUUGACCAGGGUACAGCCUACUCUUCAAUUAUUGACAUGAAGACAGCACUGAUGUGGUUGACCGUGUGUGCCUUAAUUGGUGUGGCCAUGGCCCUGCCUGCUCCCCUGGCCCUGCCUGAUGCCCUGGCCCUGCCUGAUGCCCUGGCCCUGCCUGCUCCCUUGGCCCUGCCUGCUCCCCUGGCCCUGCCUGAUGCCCUGGCCCAACCGUAUCCUGAAGCAGAUCCCGACGCCUCACAUCGUGGAGGAUACAAAGGAGGAUUCGAUGGCAGUUUCGGAGGAGGCUUCGGGAGAGGAGGAGGAGGAGGAGGAGGAAGAUUUAGUGGAGGAGGAGGAGGAUUCGGAGGAGGAAGAUUUAGUGAAGGAGGAUUUGGACAUGGAGGAAGAUUCAGUGGUGGUGGUGGUUACUCUGGCUAAGCACCACUAGGAUACAAACAUGGACUGAUAACACUUCUAACUUCAUUAAGUUUCACUCUCCUCUGUGCAGGUUACAGGUGUAUUAUACUCCAGCGUCACUCAAAAAUUCUGUCCCUUUAAGGAAGAUUUCUAUGUACUUAUCGACAAUUUUGGCGAGGCGGUAAUGGUUUAAUGUUUACCUCAGGAUUUAUUUGAUGAUAUGUGUAAGUAGCGAAGAAUAAAUAAAAUGUAAAUAUAA